ACCCGAUUCACCGUGACGUUCAAGAGACGGUUUCUUUUUUCUCUUUUACCUCACGAUUGAGUCUAAAGGAGAAAGUCAAGGAGGGGGAAAAGGAUAAAGAAAAAAUAUUAUUAAAUUCAUGGAUGAUGAUGAGCUUAAAACCAAAGCAAUGGCUUCAAAUUCAACGAAUGUAAACCCUAACAAAGACAUCGAAGACUCUAAAACUAAAGAAGAAGGCGAGCUCUCUGAUUCAUACGACGACGAAAACCUGGAUUGCUCCACUGAACAGCCUAGUGGUACUAUUGCCCCACCUUCGAGGCCUAAUGCAGCGCCUUCACCAGUGAAACCCAUACCACCAAAUCUGUCUGGGAAUGCUAUUGCUGGUAAUAAUAUUGCCAGUGCUACUGACGUUCUCUCAAAACAACCAAUUCCACCAAUGAGUCAGAAAAAUGUUGAGAAGAAUCAGUUGCCAGUUAAAUCCAUUAAUCGUAGUUGGUAUGCACCUUCUGGAGGCAUCAAUAAUCUUGUAAUACGCUUUUCAGAUGAUGACAGUGGAAGUGACUUGGAAGAAUCUAGUCGACAAAAACCUGUUGAAAUAAAUCCAACUCAACUUGGGAUGGUUCGCAGAGACCCCUAACUUCAUCUGUACCAAAUAUGAACAAGUUAGGACAGACUUCUAGGAAUAUUACCAGAGUAAUUCCCAAGAAACCUUUAAGCCGUACAUUUAUCUCAUCAAUGACCAAGACCAAUGGUAGGGCCAAUCCCAAGGUUUCUGUUUCUUCGGUUGAUCAAGGAUCACAAGUUAGAUAUUUUAAUCCCCACAACAAAAUUGUGGCUUGCCAAGAUCUUUUGCCUGAGCAAGGUGCAGUUUCCAACAAUAGUAAACUACAG